AUGGAAGCCUUUCUCAUAUCAUCGGAUCCAAAUACAGGAGGAAUAGUCGGUGGACUCAUGACUGCCUUUACAGUGUUAGCAGUUGUAGUCAUCAUUGUUAUUGUGAUUUUAAGGCGACAGUUAGCGCAAAAAGAUCGAGGGGACACAGGGAACCUAUACACACAUGUAGAGUAUGACCCAAAACGUAAUUCUGAAGACAAGGGAUACAUGAAUAUCGGUGGUCAUCUGUCCCAGGCAUCACCUGAAAUAAGAUUGAAGAAUGCUGUUUCCAGCAGUGAAUACUACAAUACGAGCCAAAUCAGCACAGUUAUACAUAUCCAGGAGCUACACAACAUCAUUGCUAUAAAAAGCAGUGAAAAGAAUCAUAUUUUUCAAUUGGAAUAUAUGAGACUACCUGCUGCAGACGUAAACAAAUGCCCUACAGCACAGAAGAAAGAAAAUCUCACCAAGAAUCGAUUUAAAACGACAUUUCCAUAUGAACAUUCAAGGGUUGUUCUUGAAGAAAAAUGGGACGUACAUGAUGACGAUUACAUCAACGCAAAUUAUAUAAAGGAUUAUAAAAGUGAAAGACAAUACAUUGCCGCUCAAGGUCCACGAAAAAAUACUUUGGCAGACUUUCUAAAAAUGAUAUGGCAAGAAAACAUAGAAUACAUUAUUAUGUUGACAAAUUUGGUUGAAAAUGGAAAGAAUAAGUGCGCUAAAUACUGGCUUGAUAAAGAAAAACCUAAAAAUAUUGGACUAUGUUCGCUAAGUCUUUUAGAAGAAACAGAAUAUGCUUUUCAUACAGUAAGAAUGUUCUCAUUUCAAAGGAAGGACUCAAAUGACAUAAGGAUAAUCACCCAGUUCCAUUACACAGCUUGGCCAGACCACGGUACUCCAGAAGAGAUAGGACUUGUUCAGUUUCACAGAGUUGUGAACAAAAGAAAUGAACCCGGUUCUCCUUUACUGGUUCAUUGCAGCGCUGGAGUAGGCAGGACAGGUACCUUUAUUGGUCUGGAUUCGUUACUGAGACAAGGACGAGAAAGGGGGAGGAUCAACGUUUUUGAGUUUGUCAAACAAAUGAGGGAGGACCGUAUGUCUAUGGUCCAGACAUUAGAGCAGUAUGUAUUUCUACAUAAAGCACUACUGUGUGGAUUCCAGGAGAGAGAGACAAUCAUAUCGGAACAUGAUCUUGUCACGAAAGCCAGCUUCCUCCUCAAUGACCCGGCACCAUUAAAUCAACAACAAUUAUACAAGGACUAUAAAUUCCUGGAAGCCAUAAUUCCAGUGUAUGAGGACGAAUAUAAAGAGGAAGCAAUGAAUUCUGAGAACAGGUCAAAAAAUGUUGAUAUGGAUAUUUUACCAGAGUCAGAAUAUCGACCAUAUCUAGCAUCUUUUGUGGAGGGAAGAAAUGGCUAUAUAAAUGCAGUGAUUGUUCCGUCGUAAACUGCACCGGCUGGGCUGAUUAUGACACAGAACCCCUCCCUGAUACGGAGGUUGAUCUGUGGAGAUUUGCGUGGACCAUCAGGUUGGGGCAAUCGUAGUCCUGAAAGACAAUGAAGAGAUACAGAUACUGAUUGGCUGCCCGAAAGAGGUGAAAAUCGUUCAUGCUCACCAUACCUAAUAACAGCUAGAAAGACUGGAACGAACAUUGGUGGCGUCAAUCAAAGUAGUCUGCUUAUUUUACGGGAUGGAGAGACACAAAGCAUAACCGUCUUCCAGGUAUAUUCCAGGAAUGAUGACGAAGAAAUAAAAUUGGCUGAGAUGGUAUUAGAAAAAGAAAAGGAAUCUAAGUUGAUUUCUGUUGUUACUAGCAAGAAUGGUGCCGGUGCAGCAGGAGUGUUCUGUGUUUUACAUAAUGCCCUUCAACAACUUCGUAAGGACGCAGAGGUGGAUAUAUUUACUAUUGUCCGACAACUGCAUACCAGGAGACCUGAAGCAAUAGCUAAUCUGU